AUGAGCUACAGUGCCUCAGAAGGCAUAAAGUGGAUUUUCAAUCCACCUGCUUCACCAUGGAUGGGAGGCGCAUGGGAAAGAAUGGUUGGCUCCGUGAAAAGAUGCUUUCAAAAAAGCAUUGGACGUAAAAAAUUGUCAUUUGAACAAAUGACUACAGUAAUUUCAAGAAUUGAAGCGAUAAUUAACACUCGCCCGUUGACAAAAGUCAGUGCAACGGAUCUUGAUGAAAUACCAAUAAGACCUAUCGAUUUCCUACAAGGAAAUCUAAAGUACUCUCUUCCAAGCACGCAGUUACAGUGCGGUAAUGGCGAUACAGUAUAUGAUCCCGAGUUGCUUCAGACAGUUGCGCAAGCACAGGAAGCAUUAAUGUUUUCGGAAACGAUCGCUACAGUAUUUUGGGAGCGAUGGAACAAAGAGUAUCUUACAUCCUUGAGAGAUAACCAGAGAGUGCUACUAAAACAACCGCGGCAUGUGACAAAUACACCGCAAAUUGGAGAAAUUGUACUUAUUGAGCAAGAAUUUCUUCCACGUGGUAACUGGAUGUACGGCAAAGUACUAGAAACAGUACCAAGUCAGGAUGGUCAUGUAAUAUCAGCGAAACUCCUUACGCCAAACAAAAGAGUUAUCCAAGGGCCAUUCAACAAGUUAUAUCCGUUGGAAAUACGUAGUUUGGUUGAAGACCACUUUCCAGAACUUGUGAGAAACUGCAUUGCAGGAGAGCAGGAGAUACAACAGCAAGGAAGAGCGGAUUCAGCAGAACUGUCUUACUGUAGAACUCGCCCAGCCACACAGUCGAGAACACGUGCUUAA